AUGACUACCGCAUCCAGGCUGGACCAGACUGCAGUUUCAACCCCACCUCAUUGUCACAUCGGCAACCCCAGCUGGAUUCAAUACCUGCUCAUGAGUAUCGUGAUAAACCUGGAAGAUGGUAUUGCCGACAGGGUGCUGGAGGAUAUUGGUCACGACAGUAAACGUUGGUUCAGCUUUUUUGGUUGCUGGGGCUUGGCUCAGUCGGAACGACCGGAAACUUUGCCCCAUUUCAUGUGUCGAGCCGAUGAGAAGGAGUGGCUUUAG